AUGAAAAGAACACUUCGUAGUUCGUUAAGAAGUAGCAACAAACAAUUAAAAAAACAAUCAGAUACAACGAUACCUCCACCACAAUCUCCACCACAAACUCCAGAAACUGAAAAUAGAAAAUUUUUUGAUACGUCAACAGCAGAUACGACCUUAAAUUCUGAAACUGAUACGGUAACAGAAGAAUAUAAUGAGUACGAUGCAGAGAAAACCAAUGAAACAAAUAAACGAGCUAAAUACAUUGAAAAGAAUUUAGCGAGAGUUAAUGAACGAGGUAAAGUAAAUAAAGAAAAAGACAAAGAAGUGACCGUUUCAGAAAACAUCAAAAGUGUCAAGAAUAAAGAUAUAGUUAAAGUAGGUGAAUCACAAUUAUUACAAGGUAUAAUAGUUGAAACCGAGGAUAAAUCAUUAUCAAUUUCUUUGGAUACUGAAAGGAAAUGCUUUAGUAGAUCAAUAAAACCUCAUACGAACUACAAUCCUUAUUUAAUACAUUUAAAAAAUGGGUUAAACCAUAUUGAGAUUUUGAUGAAAGAAUUAGAAACAAGCGCUGAUGAUCAAGAUUUUGGAACCUUUAAUGGAGAUUGGGGAUUUGAAGAUAAGUAUUCCCUUUUUAUCACGAAAUUUUGA